UCCUUCCCGCCAUCCUAGCACACAAACGGUACUGUAACAAUCCAAGCUCGAGCUCGCCUAUGCCAUUGCCAUGCGUUACCUCUACUUCCGCCCCAACACGGCAAGCCAGGCGCGCGCCUGCCGCGACCAUCUCCUCACCCACCUGGACCAAUGCUCGUCGCGGGCCCACCUGGCUGAGCUCCACGGCCGGCUCAUCCGCGCCCACCUCCGCCCCAAUCCCUCCGCAGUCGGUCGGCUCGUCGCCCUCCUCGCCUCCCCUGUGGCGAGGCAUGACAUGCCCUACGCGCGCAGGGUGUUCGACAGAAUGGCCCAACCGACCGCCUUCGUCUGGAACUGCAUGAUUCGAGGGUACAACAGUUGCGACGCGCCUGCGGAUGCAUUGAGGUUGUUCAGGGCGAUGCUUCGGAGGGGAGUCUCUCCUGAUAAUUACACCAUGGCUGCGGCGGUGUCCUCGAGCGCUGCAUUCGCCGGCUGCAAGUCGAGGUCAACUGGGGACGCGGUACAUUCCUUGGUUCGCAAGACUGGCUUUGCAUCGGAUGUGUUCGUCAUGUCAGGCCUUGUUAAUUUCUACGGCUCCUUCAGAAGUGUCGAUGAUGCAAGGAAGGUUUUCGAAGAGAUGGCCGAUCGGGAUGUGGUGUCGUGGACACUGAUGAUCUCGGCUUUUGCACAGUGCAGUCAGUGGGAUGAGGCGUUAAGGUUGCUUGCUGAGAUGCAAUCACAAGGCACUAAGCCGAACAAGGUCACCGUUAUAAGUCUCCUUUCUGCAUGCGGCCAAGAGCAGGAUGCUGACAGAGGCCGGUGGGUGUAUGCACGCGUUGAUGAGUACGGCAUUGAGGCUGAUUUGGAUGUCAGGAAUGCACUUUUAAGCAUGUACGUGAAAUGCGGAUCCAUGUCGGACGCAUUGAAAACAUUUCAGCUCAUGCCAAUAAGAAAUACUAAAUCAUGGAACACGUUGAUUGAUGGGUUUGUGCAAAAUGGGAAGCAUAAGGAAGCACUAAGAAUGUUUGAAGAGAUGUUAUCAGAUGGUAUAGUUCCUGAUCUGAUUACCCUCGUAAGUCUCUUAUCGUCAUGUGCUCAGCUUGGUGAUCUCCAGAAAGGAAGAUACUUUCACAAUUAUAUCAAAGAUCAUGGGAUCCGCUGUGACAUCAUCCUUCAUAAUUCUUUGAUUAACAUGUAUGCUAAAUGUGGCCAUAUGGCUGCAGCAGAAAUGGUUUUUGGAAAUAUGACACAAAGGGAUACCGUGUCCUGGACAGCUAUGGUUUGUGGUUAUGUGAAAGGACUUCAGUUUACAACGGCCUUCAGUUUAUUUGAAGAGAUGAAGGUUGUAGAUGUUGUGUCAAGUGAAAUGGCACUGGUUAGUCUACUUUCUGCUUGUUCCCAGCUAGGAGCACUUGAUAAAGGGAGAGAGAUACACACUUAUAUAGAAGAGAAGAGUGUAACAACAGACGUAUGGCUUGAAAGUGCCCUGGUGGAUAUGUAUGCAAAAUGUGGUUGCACUGAUACAGCCGCUGAAAUAUUCAGUACAAUGCAGCACAAGCGAACCCUCACAUGGAAUGCUAUGAUUGGAGGUCUUGCCAGCAACGGACAGGGAAAAGAAGCAGUGGAGCACUUUGAACAAAUGCUGAAGCUAAGAGACCCAAAGCCUGAUGCUAUCACUCUAAAGGUAGUUCUUGGUGCCUGUGCACAUGUAGGAAUGGUUGAUGAGGGGCUGCAUUACUUCUAUUUGAUGUUGAGCCUUGGUAUUGUCCCUGAUAUUGAGCACUAUGGUUGCGUAGUAGACCUCCUGAGUAGAGCUGGGCUGCUAGACGAAGCAUAUAGUUUUAUCAAGAAGAUGCCAAUACAGCCCAAUCCAGUAAUUUGGGGAUCACUUCUUGCAGCUUGUAGAGUUCAUCACAAAAUGGAACUAGCAAAGAGAAUUGGACAGCACAUCAUCGAAUUAGCUCCUAAUGACGUGGGAGCACAUGUCCUAAUUUCGAACUUACAUGCUGAAGAAGGUCAGUGGGAUGAUGUAGAACAAGUAAGAGGGCUGAUGGAAAGCAGAGGUGUAGAGAAAUCAUCUGGUCGUAGCUCCAUCCAAGUCUAGACAUGCUUCGUAAAUCAUUGUUCGUACUUCAUAAUGUAAGUUACAAGCGACCACAUGAUUUGACUAGUAAUACAAAUGGCUGAGAAGCGUAUUGCCACUUUUUCAGUGCAGUGUCUGUUCGAUACCAGAGACAUAUAUACUACAAUGCUCAGUAGAUAUGUGAUUUCUUGAUCAUAUUUUGGUUGCUCGGGUCAGCACUGAAUGAAUGAAUCAGUAUGCAGGGCAAGAAAAAAAAAGGCCACAUACUCACAUCUAUUGCUACUGGGAACUGAGAUAAACUUGUCCAUAUCUAUUUAGCAUGAUCUGAAAACUAUUUAUGUGCAUCAUGCAUGCUAUGAUUUGCAAAUCAUAUCUUAAACUUUCAUCUAGUACAAGAUCUUGAUAAAUAUGCACCCAAAGAUUGUUUAUGUACAUAGUUGAA